AUGAACACAAUCUCGCCGCCGCCCGAGUUCAAACGCAUCUCCGGGACGAAGCGCCUGUUUGGCGUCGUGCUCGGUCUCGCAGGCGCGGCAGGCGCAAAUGCACUGCUCGGCUACUCCGUCUUCAGCUUCUACACGCGCAACACCAGCUUCGUGCCCUACGACACCACCUCGCCCGAUCUCGCCACGCCCGUCGCCCAGAGGCACAACCCGCUCCGCAACAAGCCCGUCUGCAUCGACCACGCCGUCAAGACGCUGCCCCUGCAGCCCUUCCGGGCGCGCUAUGGCCUCAAGGACGGCGACGCGGUGCCCGUCGACCGCCUCACCACCGACUUCUGCCGCGGCAUCUGGAGCGGCAUCGGCUUCCGCGUGCAGCGCCGCUUCCUCGAGCGCAAGUACCGCGCGCUGCCGGGCCGCCAAGACCACCUCUGGGACCUCAAGCAGCUGGAGGCGAGCGAGUACCCCGUCGGCGAGAAGAUUACCGACCACUUUGAGGUGGUCGAGCACGCUCCCAACAAGGUCGUCGUCCGCUGCGGUGACUCGCCUCUAAACCAACAUCACCGCGCCUCGGACGGCCUCUUCUCCAUGGAGGUCUCGACAGACGACGCAAAGGACACGGCCACAUUCCAUCUAAAGAGCGUCUUUGUCAACACCACCCCCGACGGCAAGGAUCUUGAUCCCCUGCCCUGGAACUUCCAGCUGGCCCACCGGUGGUACACGAAGCUGUGGAUGGAGGGCGCCACGAGGAAAAUGCUGACCCAGUAG